AUGUAUCUACGAAAACCAAACUCAGAGGAUAUUACAAGAUUACUUCAAAUUGGCAAAGUUCGUGGUUUUCCAAGAAUGUUGGGCAGCAUCGAUUGUAUGCAUUGGAGGUGGAAAAAUUGUCCAACCGCAUGGAAAGGUAUGUUCACUAGUCAUUGUCACGAACCUACAAUUAUAUUGGAAGUAGUGGCAUCGUAUGAUUUGUGGAUUUGGCAUGCAUUCUUUGGGCUACCAGGGUCACAUAAUGAUAUUAAUGUCCUAGAACGAUCUCAUGUAUUUUCUGAAAUAACAAGUGGUGAGGGUUAUCCCGUUGACUACUCUAUGAAUGGUCACAACUACAAUAUGGGGUAUUAUCUAGCUGAUGGUAUAUAUCCCCCAUGGGCAACAUUUGUCAAAUCAAUUCCCUUACCUAUGAAUCGAAAGACCAAACAUUUUACUGCUGCUCAAGAAUCUGCAAGAAAAGACGUUGAACGCGCAUUUGGUGUGCUCCAGGCUAGAUUUGCAAUUGUCCGUGGUCCAGCACGAUAUUUUGAUCGUGACACACUUAAUAAGAUAAUGAUGGCAUGUAUUAUUAUGCACAAUAUGAUCGUGGAGGACAAACGUGAACUUCAUCCACAACCAGAUAUCUUUGAAUAUGAACAAAUCUCUACAAGUCCUCUUGUUGCAGUCGUAUCACGCACUCAAACUCCAGAACUUAUGAAUUUUAUUCAAUCGCUUCACAAAAUCAGAGAUAGAGCAGUGCAUAACCAACUUUAA